ACAACACAUCUUCAUAUCAGCAUCCAUUCCACAGUUGCCUACCAUCGGCUGCGCACCAGAGACGGGCGAUAACUAGGAUAUGUCAAGGCGUGCGAUGCUUUUGCUUGAUUAAUGCCUUUUCUUUCCUUGGAUUGUACUGUUUUUUUAUCUGCAUUUUCCAAGAUGGUUUGAGGUUUCACCUUGAUGUGCACAAUAUCAAAUGAAUUGACUGCUACUGUUUAAGAAGCCAUCACUGCAGUGCCAUUAUUUUUUUCAUUUACUUGAGGACAAAUAUCACACUGCACUUUUGACCUAGCUGAGAAGGAGAGCCAAGUGGAAAGAGAGAAUCUGCUCUGACCGACUCCUGAUCCAUCCAGUACGUACCUUCCUGUCAGGACGACAAGGACCUACUGUGGCAUUAGAUGCCUGAAAGGAACUGACGCUUGUAGCCAGGGUCUCCCAGCUCAGAAGCAUUGAGAUCCUCAGGACCUCCCCUGCCAUUCUCUUUGGUCGGUCAUCCACUAACCUAGAGAGGCUAACGCCCCUGGAUAUUGGUACUCAGUCACCAUGGGAACCGUGCUGUCGCUCUCGCCCAGCUACAGGAAGGCGGCCCUCUGCGAAGAUGGGCCAGCCACAGUGGGCCACUACGCGGCCGUUCAGAACAGCAAGAACGCCAAAGACAAGAACCUGAAGCGUCACUCGCUCAUCAACGUUCUGCCAUGGAAGCGGAUCGUGGCUGUUUCGGCCAAGAAAAAAAGCUCAAAGAAGGUGCAGCCCAACGCUACAUACCAGAACAAUGUGACCCAUUUCAACAACGAGAACCUGAAGAAGUCUCAGUCCUGCGCCAACCUGUCCACCUUCGCUCAGGACCAGAGCACCCCGGCCCUCGUCAAGAGCUCCAACAAUGCCGCCUUGUCAGUCAAGAAGGCCCCCCUGACCAACUCUAAUGCAGCCCCCGGCACGCCCAAGAGGGUGAUCGUCCAGGCCUCCACCAGCGAGCUCCUGCGCUGCCUGGGUGAGUUCCUGUGCCGGCGCUGCUACCGACUGAAACACCUGCCCCCCACUGACCCGGUGCUGUGGCUGCGGAGCGUGGACCGCUCGCUGCUUCUUCAGGGUUGGCAAGAUCAGGGGUUCAUCACCCCGGCCAACGUGGUGUUUGUCUACAUGCUGUGCCGCGACGUGGUCUCCUCCGAGGUGGCCAAUGAGCACGAGUUGCAGGCCGUGCUGCUCACCUGCCUCUACCUGUCCUACUCAUACAUGGGCAAUGAAAUCUCCUACCCGCUCAAGCCCUUCCUGGUGGAGAGCUCCAAGGAGACGUUCUGGGACCGCUGCCUGUCCAUAAUCAACCUGAUGAGCGCUAAGAUGCUCCAGAUCAACUCGGACCCGCACUAUUUCACCCAGGUGUUUGCCGACCUAAAGAACGAAAGCCAGAAGGAGGAGGAGAGGAGCCGCUUGCUCAUUGGUCUGGACCGGUGAGGGU